AUGGCUUGGGAGGAUGCAGAAGUCGAAGAAGAAGACAAACGGGCAUCGAAACGUGAAGCUCCAAAGGCACCACUCGACGAGGAUUUGAAACCGAAGGCGAAGAAGCGUCGUCUUACACCUGAGCAGUUAGCCCUGGGAGAACAGUUGAUAUAUUCAAGCAAAUCAGCUCGUGAAGUGGAAGAAUGGGGCUGGAAUAGAUACGCAAACAAUGACGAAGGACUUCCGGAUUGGUUUGUGGAAGAUGAAAAGAAACAUUAUCGCAAGCAGCUACCUGUCACCAAGACAUCUUCUCGAAAAAAAGUGGAAGAAUAUCGAAAGAGGCUGAGAGAGUUGAAUGCUCGACCAUGUAAAAAGGUAGCAGAAGCGAAAGAUCGGAAAAAGAAGAAGGCUCUCCGACGUCUCCAGACAGCAAAGAAAAAAGCCGAAGGAGUUUUGGAGAAUGAGAAUCUUGAACACUCUGAGAAACUUCGGGAGAUGAAAAAGAUCUACGCUGCUGCUCACCGGAAAGACCAUAAAAAGACAGAGUUGGUAGUGAUGACAAAGGGCAAGAAAGGAAAGAUUUCAAGGCCUAAUGGGCGGUAUAAGCUUGUGGACAGCCGAAUGAAGAAAGAUCUUCGUGCUAUGAAGAGCAAGGACAAGACGAAAGGUCGAGGAAAGAAGUCACGUCCAGGAAGGGGAAGGGGACGUCAUUAA